AUCCAGAACUACACAAUACUUACUCGCUACAUAAACCACAACCACUAGGGGAUUUUCCUAUGAAGAGAUUCCAGAUAGAAUCCUAAGAUUGUGUAGAUUAACAACAGAGAUGGAUGGAAUAGAAGAACAUGAGAUUACGCACUGCAGCCAAUGUCAGCAGAAAUAUGACCACAAUGAUCACACAGCUAAGUAUAUGGCAUGCUUCCAUUCCAUCUGCAAGAGCUGUGUUCAAAAGACAGUAACUGAAAAGAGUACCUACAAAUGUCCUAUGGAUGACUGUGGCAUGGAACAAGUGGUGCCGGUGUCAGGCAUUGAUGGUCUGCCAGACAAUAAACUACCACAGAUUAUAACUGACAUCAAUAAUGUCACCAGAGGUAUGUCAAAAUGUCAGAAAUGUGAUAAUGAUCACAGGGCAAAGGUCUGGUGUAAAGACUGCUCAGUAUUUCUCUGUAAGGACUGCUGUGGAGAGCAUGAUGAAAACAAAGAUGAACAUGAAGUUAUCUCUUGUGAUAAUCUUGUCUUGAAAUUUAAAAAUGGUGAAAGUAAUAUGCUGAUGAGCAACCAUGUGUGUCCAACUCAUAAAGAGAAGAUAGAGUCCUUUUGUACAAAGGAUUCAUGCCAGAAAGCAGUCUGCAAAUCUUGUGUUAAGGACCAUUCUUCCACUAAUGGACACACUGUGAUUGACUUGUCAAAGGCAGCAGAAAAAUGUCGUAAAGAGUUGCAAUGUAGUAUACGUGACAUGAAGGUUAUUAGUAGACAGUGGACAUACUUAGAACAGAACAAGGCAAAAGAAAUGGAACAGAUUGAGACAACAACAAAAAUGGUCCACGGUACCAUAGAGGAUUUCUUUCAAAGCUGUUAUGACAUAAUCAAAGAAAGAGAGCAAACAGUCAUGGAACAAGCUAACAAGUACGCCAAAGAAAUGAAGGAAUAUGUAGAAUUCCAAAAUAAAAAGGCUUCUGCUUUAAAGGAAAGAUUUAAACAAAUGGAAAGUGUGGCUAGUAUGGCUAUAAAGUAUAAUGAUGAUAAAGAUAUAGCUGAAAUAAAAAACAGCAUGGUUGGGACAAUGAAAGAAUUGAGUGUUCCUCCAGCAAGCAAACAAGUUAUAGGUCCACAAAUGAUGAGUUUCAGCAAGGCAGAGUAUGCUAAGGAUAGACUUAUAGGUUGUAUAAGUGGUAUUGGACAGCUAGAGUUCAAUUCUGCAAUACCAUACUUAAGUUACUGUGAUGACACUAUAGCAUUCUUAGACCUUGAAUGUACAGUAAAUAUACACAUGAUGAAUUACAGAGGUUUAAAAUGUAAUCAUGGAGGAAUGAACAUUAAUGUUAUUCUGAAAGCUCCAAAAACAUCUACCGAUGAGCCUUACCAUCUUUACGACAUGAAAAACGGUUCAUAUCAAGUAAAGUUUGAGCCUAAAGUUGCAGGAGUAUAUGUUGCCCAUGUGAUGCUUGAUGGAGUACACAUCAAAAACAGUCCUCUAAGUAUUCCAAUAUGUAAACUUAAAACCACAGUACAUCCUCAAGUCUAUCAGAAACCAUCCAAAGUCUCACUAACAGCCAUUGAUUUAUCCAGAAAAGCAAGACCUAUGCCUGCCAAGCUACCAAUACAGGCCGAGUUAGACUGUCCCAGCGGGGGAACCAUUCGAUGUGACGUAGUACAAGAGAGUGACAAAAUAUACAAUAUCAGGUACAUUCCAACUGAAAUAGGAGAACAUAAGUUGUAUAUUGGCAUGAAUAAAACAGUGGUGAAUGGUAGUCCCAUCUCACUUACUGUCAGACAGUACUUGGCAGUGGGCCGAACUGACAUUGAGGUCAAUAAACUAGUUAGACCAUCAGCCCUUGCUAUUGAUAGCAAUGACAACAUUUAUGUGGCAGACACAUCAAUCAACAAACGCAUUCAAAAGUACAACAUGACACACACAUGUAUUGGGUCAAUUUUGGUAGAUGCUGAUGGCGCUUCAAGUCUUGUUAUCGAUCAUGAUGAUAACAUCAUCAUCUUGUUUAGAGACAGUAAGCAUAUCAAAAUCCUAGACACAAAAGGAAAAAUACUGAAGAAUUUCACCCUUCAUACACUGAAAAAGCCAAUUGGUUUGGAUGUAGAUACCAAUGGACGUAUAUAUGUAACUGACAGUGUGGACCAUAUGCUAUUUAUAUUGGACUACAAUGGAAAAAUACUCCAAGAGUUUGGUGGAAGAGGGAAGGAACCUGGCAAAUUUGAUACUCCUGUAGAUGUCUGCUUGUAUAAUGACACAAUAUUCAUUUCUGAUCGUUAUAACAACCGUGUCCAACAGCUAAAUGAGGAGGGAGAAUGUAUAAAGAUAUUUGGGUGUUGUGAUGACAGCUUUGAUAUGCCUGCUGCUAUCACCAUCACAUCUGAAGGUCACCUAGCGGUUUUUGAUGCUGAACAGACAAUAACAGUGCUCUUGGAGGUUGAUAGCAAAGAGGUGGUGAAACUCGUCCCAUGUUAUGGUGACUUGGGCCAAUUCCAAUGGGAAAGCAUUGUAGCUACUGAUGAUGGAAUGUUGCUAAAAGUCUGCCCUUCACAAAACUGUUUUAGAGUUUACAAAAUUUAAUUAGUCAAAAAUAUUAGAAUUUGAAGAAAAAAAAAAUUUCUUAAUUUUGUAUAUAUUUUAAUAGGUUAAUGCUUUCAACAUUCGAAAGGAAUAAUGUUAUCAGCCAUUACUGAAAAUUUAAAUAACACAACUUCUACAGUUCUUGAGUAUGCAAUUAAAGUUUUUAAAAUUUCUAACAGCAAAUUUUUAAAUUUUCGUAGCGGAAUAUUUGUGAAUAAAAAAAAAUGAUUAAAAAAAUUUUUUUUUAUUGAAUAUUGGUCAAUUAUGUGAG